ACUACCACGACAUUGAGCACUUCGAACAAUCAUUUCAUUUGCUUCUCGCCCAAUUCCGUCCGCGCGCUGCGCAGCACUUUUGAGUUGACUGAGGGAGCAUCCCAUGACGACCGCAGUUCAACCCCCUUUGUCCUGAAUGUUGACAAUGGAUGGGUGGUAGGACCCAAACAUCGGCUCUUAUUCUGGGUACCACCCACUUCUCGACAUUCAUUUUGGAGCCCUGGGACUGCAUUAGUGAUACCUGGAGGUCCUGAGCUUGAUUUGAGCCGCAUGGCACAUGGACAACACUGGCAACAGUGCCGAGAGGAGUGAGACUCUUCAAAGCUAUUUCUGUUCCUCGCACUUAUUAAAGUCCGAUUUCAGGGUUGUCUGAGCGAACGACUUAUUGAAGAGCUAAUUGCACGACUCUUAUGAUGCAUGAUGUUCGUGCUGGUUUGUGAGGGCACAUAACGAAGGACAAGGCAUGCCGAUUCCAUCAGAGAUGCGGUUGCGCGUGUGCCGUGGACUGUGUAAAAGUGUGGC